GCCCAGGUCAACCCAGCCCCAGUCUGGCCCCAGGCCACCCAGAAGCACACAGGCUCCCCACAGCAACACAGAGCCCUUUAGGGCCUGAGUAUGGGUGUCCUGGUCCAGUUUGACCCAGGGCUGCUGCUCACCAUGCUGGUGGUGACAACGACAGCAACCCAGUCCGUCUAUCCAUGGGACCUGCUCACCUCAGGCAAGGGCACUCUGGAUCGUGAGGCGCUGGGCGGCCUGUUAAAUACGCUGGCGGCCCGUGUGCACUGUGCCAACGGGCCGUGUGGAAAGUGUCUGUCUGUAGAGGACGCCCUGGCCCUUGGAAGCCCUGAGGAGCCAGAUUUCCUCCCAGGGCCAGUCCUGGCAUCCAGCUUCAUCGCUCGCCUCAGUGCUGCUGCUGUCCUCUACCUCAGCAACCCAGAGGGCACCUGUGAGGAUAUCCGGGCUGGCCGCUGGGCCUCUCAUGCAGACCAUCUCCUGGCCAUGCUUGAGGGCCCUGAGGCCCUGACCCUAGGCCUGAACAGACUGCUCCAGAGGAUCCAGGCCCAGGCUGCCAGCCAGGCCACUGCAGAGGAGGCCUGUAUAGAUAUCCCCCAGCUGCUGGCAGAGGCAGCAGACACAGGGGAUCCUGGCAGCCCUGGCUCUGUCCUGGCUGUCCUGCUGGACCAUAUCAGAAGUGGGUCGUGCCUCCGUGCCCUGCCGAGCCCCCAGUACUUUGUGGACUUUGUGUUUCGGCACUACAGUGGUGAAGCUCCCAAUAUCACACUGGCUGAGCUGGCAGCUUUGAUGCAGCACCUAGGGGUGGGCAGAGAGCCCCAGGGUGACCACAGUCAUCUGGGCAAGGGUGCCAACCACCAGGACCCUGUGCCCCUUGUCACCCCGGACAACAGCUCCAACAUGUGGGACACGGUGUGCCUGAGUGCCAGGGACAUCAUGGCUGUGUAUGGGCUGUCAGAGCAGGCUGGGGUGUCCCCUGAGGCCUGGGCCCAACUGAGCCCUGCCCUGCUCCAGCAGCAGCUGAGUGGGGCCUGCAACCCUCAGCCCAGGCCCCUCAUCCAGGACCAGCUCAGCCAGGUGGAGAAGUAUCUGUAUGGCUCCCUGGCCACGCUGCUCAUCUGCCUCUGUGCAGUGUUCGGCCUUCUGCUGCUGACAUGUGCUGGCUGCAGUGGGGCCACCCACUAUGUCAUGCAGACCUUUCUGAGCAUGGCGGUGGGUGCUCUCACUGGCGAUGCCCUCCUGCACCUGACACCCAAGGUGCUGGGGCUGCACAGCCACAGUGGGGAGGGCUCCAGCCCACAGCCCACCUGGCGCCUCCUGGCCAUGCUGGCCGGUCUUUAUGCUUUCUUCCUGUUCGAGAACCUCUUCAACCUCCUGCUGCCUAGGGAGUCACAGGAUCAAGAGAAGGAUGGGCCCUGCAGCCACGGAGGCCACAGCCACGGUGUGUCCCUGCAACUGGCUCCCAGCGAGUUCAGGCAGCCCAAGCAACACCACCAGGGCUCCCGGGCAGACCUGGUGGCGGAGGAGAGCCCUGAGCUGCUGAGUCCGGAGCCCCGGAGAUUGAGCCCAGAACUGAGGCUGCUGCCCUAUCUGAUCACACUGGGCGAUGCCGUGCACAACUUCGCCGAUGGGCUGGCCGUGGGCGCUGCCUUUGCGUCCUCCUGGAAGACGGGCCUGGCCACCUCGCUGGCGGUGUUCUGCCACGAAGUGCCGCACGAGUUAGGGGACUUCGCAGCCCUAGUCCACGCUGGACUGACAGCGCGCCGCGCGCUGCUGCUGAACUUGGUCUCUGCGCUUACGGCCUUCGCCGGGCUCUACGUGGCGCUCGCAGUCGGAGUCGGCGAGGAGAGCGAGGCCUGGAUCCUGGCGAUAGCCACCGGCCUCUUCCUCUACGUGGCGCUCUGCGACAUGCUCCCGGCCAUGCUGAGCGUGCGGGACCGGCGGCCCUGGCUCCUCUUCCUGCUGCACAACGUGGGCCUGCUGGGCGGCUGGACCGUCCUGCUGCUGCUGUCGCUGUACGAGGACAACAUCACCCUCAGCUAUCUUGGCCCCUAGAUCCGCCCGCAUACCCAGACUUUCCAAUAAAGAUGCUCUUGCCCUUGGA